GAUAAACCAGCUAACCCUAAACGAACAGACUUUGGACUAAACAACGCUGAGCGGAGCAGGAAAGCAGCGAUGGGGAGUUCGAACACGGCUGGAGGCGUCGCCAAGGAGGAAAACGGGAUGCCUGAUGGAGGAGUUGAUGGUGGCGGCUCCCCGGCCGAGACGCCUGCUUUUUGCAAGUUCUCGGAGGGUGAGAAGGUCCUCGCUUACCACGGACCUCGCCUCUACGAAGCCAAGGUACAAAAAACUGAGAUAAGAAAAGAUGAAUGGAAAUAUUUUGUUCACUAUCUUGGUUGGAGCAAAAGUUGGGAUGAGUGGGUUGUGGCUGACCGUUUGCUCAAGUUUACUGAGGAAAAUAUUGCAAAGCAGAAAUUUCUUGCAAAAAAUCAGAAUCUAGAUAAGACUUCCAAGUCAGGGAGGUCAACGCAGAGCAAGCCACGAAGCUCAAAUGAUGUAAAAGUGGAAAAGGAAGAUUUGAGGAAUCAGGUUUCAAGAGGCAAAAAGCGGAAGGGUCAAUCUGGCACUGAGGAGAAGAGCAGCGUGAGAUCUGCUGAGAAACUCGCCAUGCUGCAGUUUCCACCAACCCUGAAGAAGCAGCUAGUUGAUGACUGGGAAUUUGUAACUCAGUUGGGUAAGCUUGUCAAGCUUCCUCGCUCGCCAAAUGUUGAUGAUAUUUUGAAGAAGUACCUAGAGUAUCGAACUAAAAAGGAUGGCAUGAUUGCUGAAUCUGUUGUGGAGAUUCUGAAGGGUAUACGAUGUUAUUUUGACAAAGCAUUACCCCUCAUGCUGUUGUACAAAAAGGAGCGCCAACAAUACCAAGAAGCGGUCCAUGAUAGCAUAUCUCCAUCAUCUAUUUAUGGGGCUGAACAUCUUCUUCGUCUUUUUGUUAAAUUACCAGAAUUGCUCUCUUAUGUCAACAUGGAAGAGGAUGCAUCGGGCAAGUUGCAGCAGAAGCUACUAGAUCUUCUCAAGUUCCUUCAGAAAAAUCAGAACUUGUUCUUUCUUUCAACCUAUAAUGGUUCAAAGAGCAUGGAAAAAUCUGAGGAUUAGUGCAAUGGGUGGAGCUCAUUUAGCAGAAAUCAAAUUCAUUUCUGAAACACGUUUGCAUGUUUUUCUUCCUCCUGGUCAAGUAUCUCUAGUCCAAAUUGGAGGGCGACUAUGAUAUCUUUGGCAAUAAUGAAGAGAUCCAACUCGGAUAUCAGCUCUCCAAAUAACCCUUUUCCCUUUUCUAUAGAACUCUAGAAAUCCAGUUAUAGGCUGAGUUGUGACAUUUAAGCAUAUUUUUUUAAAACUAUUUCUUGGUAUAAUCCUCUGCAGUAAUUAAACUGCAUAGAGCUUGAUUGAACUGGAGAGGGUAAACCUGCAACACGAAAAUUGAAAUAAAAAAAAAAAUGCUCGUCUCCCAUUUUCAAUGAAAAUCUUAAGAAAGCAAUGGUAAAAUGAAUUGGGUAU